AUUUUGGCGCGGCGGGGAAAGGGGAGCGAUGCCGGUGGCGAGGCCGGAGCCGCAGGAGCCGCGGGUGAUCGCCCACCUCGACCUGGACUGCUUCUACGUCCAAGUCGAGCAGCGGCGGAACCCGGCGCUCAGGGGGCAGCCAACCGCCGUGGUGCAGUACAACGACUGGAAAGGCGGCGGUUUGAUUGCGGUGAGCUACGAGGCUCGCAAGUUCGGCGUCAAGAGGUCCAUGCGUGGGGAUGAUGCCAAGAACGUCUGCCCAGGCAUAAACCUGGUCCAGGUUCCCGUGUCUCGUGACAAGGCUGAUCUUAAUGUUUACAGAAGUGCUGGCUCCGAGGUUGUGGCAAUCCUUUCGACCAAGGGGAAGUGUGAGCGAGCAUCCAUCGACGAAGUCUAUCUCGACCUUACCGAUGCAGCCAAGGAAAUGCUCUUGGAAUCUCCUCCGGAGCUGUCAGAGUCUAUUUUUGAGGAGGCCACAAAGUCAAAUAUCCUGGACCUUCCGUCCGAUGCCAGUGACAGGGAAGAGAAUGUGAAGGCAUGGCUUUGUCGAGCCGAUGCCGAUUACCAGGAUAAGUUGCUGGCAUGCGGUGCUAUAAUUGUUGCGCAGCUACGAGUAAAAGUUUUGGAGGAAACACAAUUUACAUGCUCUGCAGGCAUUGCUCAUAAUAAGAUGUUAGCUAAACUUGUCAGCGGGAUGCACAAACCUGCUCAACAAACAGUUGUUCCAUCUUCGUCGGUUCAGGACUUUCUAGCAUCACUGCCUGUGAAGAAGAUGAAACAACUUGGGGGCAAACUUGGGAGCUCCUUGCAGGAUGAUCUUGGGGUCGAGACAGUUGGUGACCUUCUAGGUUUUACAGAAGAAAAAUUACAAGAGUACUAUGGAGUAAAUACAGGAACGUGGUUAUGGAAGACUGCAAGAGGUCUUAGCGGAGAAGAAGUUGAGGAUCGUCUUCUACCAAAGAGCCAUGGUUGUGGAAAGACAUUUCCUGGACCAAAAUCAUUAAAGAAUAACUCCUCUGUUAAGAGCUGGCUGGAUAAGCUUUGUGAAGAAUUGAGUGAACGGAUUCAGUCUGACUUGAGCUGCAACAAGAGAGUUGCUCAAACAUUGACUCUCCAUGCUAGGGCAUCGAAGGAAAAUGAGUGUAACUCGCUGAAGAAAUUCCCUUCCAAAUCUUGUCCAUUGCGCUACGGAACUGGCAAAAUUCAAGAAGAUGCAAUGAAGCUAUUUGAAUCUGGCCUUCAUGAUUUUUGGGGUUCUCGGAACACUGGAUGGAGCAUAACAUCUCUUUCUGUUACAGCAAGCAAAAUAUUUGAUAUACCAAGUGGAACAAACUCAAUCUUAAGAUAUAUCAAGAGCCCAAGUUCCAGUGCAACAUCAGCUAUCCUUGAUUCUUCCUCUACACCCGAGCUAACAUUUAGUGAUAACAAGCUACACAGGAUGCCAGUUCAUGAGGAACAUUGUGAACCAUCGUCUAAAAAGGAAGAUUGUGAGAACAGUAAUUUAGCCAAACAAUGUAGUGCGAUUGAAGAAAAACAUGUGACAAAGAAAUUACUACUCAUCCGGAUGUUCCCUGACAAUCAUUCAGGGAUCUGGCUCUAUAUUGAAGUUUCUCUCACAAAGUCAAUCUGCCUGCCAUGAGAAAAGAAAUUUUGACGGCUUAAUUUGCAGUAAUCAAGGCCAUGCGAGUACUUCAGGAGCAAGCGAUGCCGAACAACAUGGUAAAAACGAUAGUAAUACUGCUGAAGGUCGUUCUGCCAGUAGCACAUGGAUGCUCAAUGUUGAAGACAUUGAUCCAGCCGUAGUAGGGGAACUGCCGCUGGAAAUUCAGAGAGAAAUACAGGGGUGGAUCCGCCCUUCAAAGCAAACCAGCACCAAGAAACGGGGUUCCACCAUUUCUUCUUACUUUUCACCUUCAAGAAGGUGAUCACACUGAAUAGCUGGAUCAUACCAUGCUAAUUCUAACAUGCUGAUUCUUCUGAUGAUGAUCCCCGCAUGUAAAUUGUAAGAACUCAGCUAAUCAACUCU